AUGCAGGCCGCGAACCGCUUUCAGAAGGCUAUCAAGAAGGGCGGCGCCAGCUUUGGUGCAUGGCAGAUGCUGCCGGGCUCGAAUCACUCCCGUACCAUUGCCAGCACCAACGUGGAUUGGAUCUGCGUCGACACGGAGCAUGGCAAUAUCGAUGAUGGCCAGAUGCAUGAAUGUGUGGCAGCAAUUGCAGGCUGCGGUGUGAGCCCUCUUGUCCGCAUUCCAGCCAAUGAGGCUUGGAUGGUCAAGCGUGCCCUUGAUGCUGGUGCCCACGGCGUCAUUGUCCCCCUUUUGCACACCGCAGAUGAUGCUCGCAAGCUCGUAUCGGCCGCCAAGUUCCCUCCUCAGGGCACGCGUGGUUUCGGUUCUCCUUUCCCAAUGGCCAAAUUCUCCAACCAGACCACUGCCGAGUACUUGCUGCAAGCGAAUGAAGCCCUAGUUACCAUUGCCCAAAUCGAGACCAAGGAGGCACUAGCAAACGUUAACGAAAUUGCUGCCGUCCCGGGCGUCGAUGUUCUGCUCAUCGGACCUUUCGACCUCGGUAACAACAUUGGCCAUCCCAUUCUCGAUGGCACCAUGCACGAUGAUCUCAAGGCUGCCAUUGAGCGCAUCCACAAGGCUGCGGUUGAUAACGGCAAGCGGACGGGAAUAUACUGCACUUCCGGCGAGCAGAGCUAUGAGUACGCGCAAAAGGGCUUCCACAUGAUCUCCAUUUCAGCAGACAUGAUGGCCAUUCCAAACUACUUCAACAGCGUUCUGAGCACGGCGAGGGGUGAGGGCGUGACCGCGCCGAAGGUGACAGGUCCUUAUGGGAGAUAA